GGGGGCGUGGGGGUGGAUUGUCAUACAGUUGAAAAUGCCAGACGUAUAAAGGAGCGGUCGCGCUUUACAGGGGUCACGAUGAUCACCAGGAUACAGGAUACAGUACCUGUGGAGGAUCAACAUCGCAGCAAUGGAGUCCGAGUCACCUGUGGAUAGACCCUCCAAGGGCGGGUUCGCCCUGAUUUCUCAGAAUCCCUAUCUCUUGGGUGUCGCGUCGUUUUCUACCCUCGGAGGUCUGCUUUUUGGCUACGACCAGGGUGUCGUCUCGGGCGUCAUCACCAUGGAGUCCUUUGCUGCUCGUUUCCCGCGUGUGCAUUCGGAUAGUGGUUUCAAGGGAUGGUUUGUGUCGACGCUCUUGUUAGCCGCCUGGUUCGGUUCGCUGGUCAACGGCCCCAUUGCAGAUCGCCUCGGGCGAAAACGCUCCAUCAAUCUUGCCGUGGUUGUGUUCCUCAUCGGCUCCGUCAUCCAAUGCGCUGCCGUGAACUUCCCUAUGCUCUUCAUCGGACGAGCUGUCGCGGGCCUGGCUAUCGGGCAACUGACCAUGGUGGUUCCCUUGUACAUCUCAGAGGUGUCAAUUCCGGAAAUUAGAGGGGGUCUUGUGGUCUUACAGCAAUUAUCCGUCACUUUAGGCAUCCUAAUAAGUUACUGGCUCGACUACGGAACAAACUACAUCGGAGGCACUCGCUGUGCCCCAGACGUGCCCUACAGCGGUCCCAAGAACACCUUUGAUCCGUACCAUGACGUCCCCGCCACGGGCUGUACCGGCCAGUCCGAAGCCUCAUGGCGUCUCCCGCUGGCUUUCCAGAUCGUCCCCGCUGUCAUCCUCGGCUUUGGGAUGCUCUUCUUCCCCGAUUCCCCCCGCUGGCUGCUGAUGAAAGAGCGCGACGGCGAAGCCAUGGGUGCGUUGUCCAGGCUGCGCCGUCUAACAGAGGGCGAUCCCACUCUUGUGCAGGAGUAUCUAGAAAUCAAGGCCUCCAUCAUGCUGGAGAAUACCUUUGCGAGGGAGAAUUUCCCGGGGAAGUCUGGUCUCUCGUUACAUACGGCUCAGUACGCAUCUUUCUUCACGACGUGGGCGCGCUUCAGACGGCUGGCCAUAGGAUGCUGCGUCAUGUUCUUCCAACAAUUCAUAGGAUGCAACGCGAUCAUAUACUACGCCCCGACAAUCUUCAGCCAGCUAGGACUGGACGGGAACACAACAUCCCUCCUCGCAACCGGCGUAUACGGCAUCGUCAACUGCCUCAGCACCCUCCCAGCCCUCUUCCUCAUCGACAAGGUCGGUCGUCGCGUGCUCCUCAUGUCCGGCGCCGUGGGCACGGGCAUCUCGCUCGUCAUCGUGGGCGCCAUCAUCGGUGCCUACAAAUCCGACUUGAUCAAUCAUAAAUCGGCGGGAUGGGCUGGGAUCGCCUUUAUCUAUAUCUACGAUAUCAACUUCUCGUAUUCGUUUGCGCCAAUCGGAUGGGUCCUGCCCUCUGAGAUUUUCAACCUAUCCAUCCGCUCCAAGGCCAUCUCUAUCACGACGUCCGCCACCUGGAUGUGUAAUUUUAUAAUCGGCCUCAUCACACCAGAUAUGCUAGAGUCCAUCACCUGGGGAACGUAUAUCUUCUUCGCGGCGUUCAGUCUUAUCGCGCUGGUGUUCACCUUCUUUUGUAUUCCGGAGACUCGUGGAAAGACCCUAGAAGACAUGGACCUCAUCUUCGGAGACACGGCAGCCCACGAGGAAAAGCAGCGCAUUGUCCAGAUCGAAGCCCAUCUCCACGGGACUGGAGUCGGGACCCUCGCCAAAGAUGCCCUGGAUAGGCCGUUUGUGCAGCAGGAUGAACAUGUGGCAUGACAUGUUGCGAUGCACCGCUGAAACAGACAUGUCUAAUACCCAUCUCCCGGACAGUCUCGUGCAAUCCUUGCCCCGGAGAUAAUAAAGAAGGGGCAAACACAUCCUGCUCCGUCUUGUCUUGUUUCAAUGAAA